CGCCUCGAGACCCUACGCAUGCGCAAUAGCAGCAGCGGCGGUGCACUAUCUAUCCGCGUCAAUUUGCAUUCUCGACGAGCACGCCAGUACCUCGGUGUCUGUGUAUGCGCGUAUUCUUUGUGGCUUUACACGCCAACUACACUCAACGCAAAACUAUACUGCAACACUUCGGCGAAGAUUUGGCGUUUCAAGUGCUGAUCUCGCACUGAGCAGCUGCCGUAAUUGUAAUGGAUUAGAAGUGUUUAUUGAAGGAGUCAAUCAUGACGGUAGUGAAAGAAGUGAACCUUUACUCCUGCGGCAAGCAUGAAGAGUUUCUGUCUUUAGGUGUGUUGCGGAAACUACAAGGAAUGGACCUUCGAAAGCCAAUGCACCAAGUAAUAGAUGGGGUACCUAGGUGCCUAUUCAUAGUUCCAGAGACGCUACGAGAAAACCUCAAGUUCCGAGCGCAGAAGGGAGAUGUGAUUCAGUCAGCAUUUCCUAAGAGCGGGACACAUUGGAUGAUGUACAUUGUGUUGCUUAAUCUGAGAGAAGGAGAGGCAAUGACUACGUAUGAAGAGUUCGCUAAGGAAUAUCGCUUGAUUGAGUAUGCGGAUAUAAAGGGCUGGAAGUCAUGUCUGCCCAUGAGAACAUUCGCCACGCACUUGCCCUUGAGUGAGACCAUUAGUGAAGAAGGAAAGUACAUUUACGUUGCCCGCAAUCCGUGGGACGUGUGCGUUUCAAUGUACCACAUGGUUACCAACCUCAGCUCAUACGAGUACCAGGAUGCCACGUUCGAAGAAUUUGUUAACGUGUUUGUCAGCGGGAACUUUGGCUACGGCGACUACUUCGAACACGUGGCGUUGGCUUACAACAUUAGGCAGCAACCGAACGUGCUCUUCGUUACUUACGAAGAAAUGAAGAAGGACACUCGUGACGUGAUUAUCAAGGUAGCGCACUUUUUGGGAGAGCGCUACGAACGAGCUUUAUUAGAAGAUGAAACAGUGCUUCACAAGAUGCUGGAGAGCUCGAAGGCCGAGCGCAUGCGAAAUGUCGCAGUCGUCGAUUUUCGCAAAAGCCGUAGCCCUCACGGGAAGAAGGUAUUAGACCGAAGCUUGAUAACCUGCAAGCAGGGCUACGAAGGAGAUCAAAGGAAAUACGGUCUAGUGCGAACAGCCAAAGUUGGAGGGUGGAAAGAACACUUCACGCCAGAGCUGCUCCGACGCAUGGAAGCUAGGAUCAGUGAGGCAGAGACGGUGUCAUCCUUUAUGGAUCUCUGGAAGGACAUCCGAGCCGAGGCAUUCAAGUUAUCGCAAGGUGUCUGAUGAGGAGUGCCUGUUUCACUGAGCCGAAUGAAAUUUCAUGAAAUUAUGAACAUGUAAUUUUCAACUUCCAAAAAUAUACUUGCAUAUCAAAAUGAGCAUCCUGGAUGCCGAUAAUGGUACAGUUUGUUAUUCAAACUCAGAAACUAUUAGUAGCCUGCGCUUUGGUAUUAAGAACGAUGUGAUCAUUGCGAAAUAAAUCAAAACGUGCGCAUUUUCACACAACUAUGUUUCCUCAUUU